AUUACUGCAUGAACCCGCAGACCGUCCUGCUGCUCCGCGUCAUCGCCGCCUUCUGCUUCCUGGGCAUCAUCUGCAGCCUCUCUGCCUUCCUGCUGGACGUCUUCGGGCCCAAGCACCCGGCGCUGAAGAUCACUCGCCGUUACGCUUUCGCUCACAUCCUCACAGUCCUGCAGUGUGCCACCGUCAUCGGGUUCUGCUAUUGGGCCUCGGAGCUGAUCCUCGCCCAGCAGCAGCAGCACAAGAAGUACCACGGCUCCCAGGUCUACGUCACCUUCGCCGUCAGCUUCUACCUGGUGGCGGGGGCCGGGGGAGCCUCCAUCCUCGCCACCGCCGCCAACCUGCUGCGGCACUACCCCACCGAGGAGGAGGAGCAGGCCCUGGAGCUGCUGUCUGAGAUGGAGGAGAACGAGCCCUACCCUGCGGAGUACGAGGUGAUCAACCAGUUCCAGCCGCCGCCGGCGUACACCCCCUGACGCUGCCGGGGAGCGGGGACGGCUUCCUGCCUCCCUAAACUCUCCUUGGAUGGGGACGCCGUCCCCAGCGCUGGGCAGCCCGGGCGCCUCGUGUGUCUCUCCUGAUCUCCCCCGUGCCGAGGGAAGAACUGAUUUUAGAACGGGAUUUCUUCAUCCGAAGCUUCCCCUUGUUUUAUGAACUCUUGUGUUGUGAUUUUAACCCCGCUCUCCUCCGCGCCGUGCCGGCUGUAACAGCAGCGCCCGCCCCGGGGCUGAGCUCUCCUUCCCCAUCCCGUGGACAACGGCGACGUCGCGCUGCGCUGGAGACGAAUUCCCACCUGUGAACGCGGCCCCGGCUCCGCAUCUAUCGAUCUGCGUAGGAAGCGUGCUGGUGGGAGAGCUUCUGCAGCAGCUGCACGACGGGGGGCAGGCACGGCAGCUCUCCUGCCCCGACCCGCAGCCAGCACACGCAUUUUGCACUUUAGCUCACGAGGCUCUGCUGGUGCAGGGGGGCUGGGGGUGCAGCUCCCGCGGCGAGGCGUGCGGGGCUCCUGGCUGCUGCCCCCCCCCCCAGCUCCUGUCGGCACCUCCCUGUGCGAAUCCUGGUUUUUAACCGAGGUAAAUGGAGACUUUUGCACAGUGCCGGCUCUGAGAAGCGAGUCGAGCCGACGCUGGCUAACGGGCGUCCGGCUGUAGCUUUUAUGCAAGUACCCGACAUCCCCGCCCCGAUGGGAAUUCUUGGCUUUUCGCUCCCUUUUCAUGGUUUUGUGUCCUGCUUUGGGUUAACGGCCCCGUUCCUCCGCACGCCCCAGGGAUGCGCUUGGCCCCGAGCUGAGAGAGCACGGUGCAGCCUGGCCUGCAGCCGAAACCGGAGAGACCAGCGGGGAGGGCGUUGCUGUGGGGCCGGCUGAAACAAAGAGGGGCAGCAAGGAGGGCACGGAGCCCCACCCCCACCCCGAGCCCCACGGCGCUGGGAAGCCUCAGCUCCAGGAGGAGGCUCAGGGCAGGAACGCUGCUGCACGCAGCUCCCUCUUCCUGAUGCUCCUCACCCCUCCUCCCUCUUCUUCCUCCUCCUCCUCCUCCUCCUCGCUAUGCAACGUUUGGCAGAGCCAGCGGGGCUGUGCUCGGGGAGCAGCCAGCAGCACGGUGUGAGGGGGUCCCACGCAGCCCCCCCCGCUCUCCCCAUCCCUCUGCUACCCCUAAAUCCCCGGUGUGGGGCGCGCUGCCGCCCCGGGCGCUGCUGCGGUGCCCCAGAACCAUUCGGGUCCCCAACCCCCCCCUUCCCCACCCCGUGACGAUAUGCAAGAGAGGGCUGGACUGUAAAUAGUCUGUGCAUAAGCAUUGUAUUUCUGUAAAAACACACACACGCACACAUAGGGGAAUGAGAUGAGCUCCUGCACCUCUACUAAUCCGCAUAGCUUGAAGAGAUCAGGGUGGGAUGGGGGGUGGGGGGAGCUUUCCCCGAGGCUUUGGGCCGCCCCUCGGUCACCGCGGCCGUCCCACGUCCUGACUUUUAUAGAGACAAUAAACCUGGUGUACAGAGCGCGUGGUGCGA